GGACCCCUGAGACGAGACGGGGGGGCAGGCGGAGGAGGAGGGAAGAAAUAAGGAGUUUACCUCAGCUUGUUCGUGUCUGAGGGGAGGGGGUACCGGGGGGUGCCUCAGCCGCCGCCCGCCCGCCUGCCUGCUCGCUUUGCCUCAGCCGCCGGUCCCGUUGGGACUCUGUGUGUGUGUAUAUAUAUAUGUGUGUCCUGCCCGGGGGUGGCGCGGGACAUGGCGAGCUCGGCUAAUACAAACCCCGUGCCUAAACUAUAUAGGUCUGUGAUUGAAGAUGUGAUUAAUGAUGUCCGAGAAGUCUUUCUGGAUGCAAGUGUGGAUGAGCAAGUUCUUGUGGAACUCAAAACACUGUGGGAAAACAAGCUGCUACAAUCCAAGGCUGUAGAUGGAUUUCACUCAGAAGAACAGCAGCUUUUAUUGCAAAUACAACAGCAGCAGCAGCAACAACAACAGCAGCAGCAACAGCAGCAGCAGCAACAACAACAGCAGCAACAGCAUACCCACCAUCACCAUCAUCCACAGCCACAGCCAACAGUUCAGCCGUCCCAGCCGCAACAAGUUCUUAUACCUGCAACACAGCAAGCACCCCAACAGCAAGUUAUAGUGCCAGAUUCUAAGCUGAUGCACAUGAAUACAUCAGGCAUGAGUGCUGCUGCUACUGCAGCUACCUUGGCUUUGCCUGCUGGUGUUACUCCUGUGCAGCAGAUUCUCACAAAUUCAGGCCAAAUCCUACAGGUGGUUAGAACUGCCAAUGGAGCUCAGUACAUUAUUCAGCCCCAGCAGCAAGUAGUCCUACAGCAACAGGUCAUACCACAGAUGCAGCCUGGCGGAGUACAGUCCCCUGUCAUUCAGCAAGUGUUGGCUCCCAUUCCUGGAGGGAUCUCACAGCAAACUGGAGUAAUUAUUCAGCCCCAACAGAUCUUGUUUACAGGAAACAAAACCCAGGUAAUACCUACUACAGUGGCAGCACCUACACCAGCACAAGCACAAAUUUCUGCGACAGGGCAGCCGCCAGCCCAACAGCAGCCAGCCCAGUCACAGGCUCCUUUAGUGCUGCAAGUAGAUGGAGCGGGUGACACAUCAUCUGAAGAAGAGGAGGAGGAAGAAGAAGACUAUGAUGAUGAUGAAGAGGAAGAUAAAGAAAAGGAUGGAGCUGAAGAUGGCCAGGUUGAGGAGGAGCCUCUCAAUAGCGAAGAUGAUGUAAGUGAUGAAGAAGGACAGGAGCUAUUUGAUACUGAGAAUGUUGUUGUGUGCCAGUAUGACAAGAUUCAUAGAAGUAAGAAUAAGUGGAAGUUUCACCUCAAAGAUGGAAUCAUGAAUCUUAAUGGAAGAGAUUAUGUAUUUUCCAAAGCCAUUGGAGAUGCAGAAUGGUGAGGUCCUAUACACAAAACAAACUCUGAGCAAAAGCAGGAAAGAUUGAGACUUGGUUAGAAACACUUCAUCAGAAAUUUAUCUGCACACCUGAAAGGAACUAGGACAAGACUACCAGGCCGAAAGAAUAGCAUGACAAUGUUGACACUACUUCAAAUGGGAACGCUGGCAUUUGUGCAGCUAGCUAUGCUUCAAAGCUGGUUUUAUAUUAAUACCUUAAUUAACCACUUCUACCUAUAGAUAAAGGUAACUAGCAUGUAAUGCUUAAUCUUCCCUUCCACUGAUUUGAAGGAACUCUUCUUUUUUGGUAAUAGUACUAUGGAAAAAGUUUAGUGUGUCUUUCUUUAUAAAUUGUGCUGAACCAUUCCCUGUGAGAAUCUUGCUAAAAUUGAAUACAGGUCUAACUGAUUGGAAGGACUGGACUGCCCAAGGUUCUAAUGAUCUUAUAUAAGUAAAAUAUUUUUUAAAUCUCUUGCGCUGGGUCAUGCAUAAUUUUAUCUACAAUUUUAGGCCUUUUGUAUAAAUUUUGAUCCCGAACCAAGAUGUCUCAUUUAUAUUUUAAAUGUAAUAAGUCUGUUUUUUUUUUCAUUUAAAAGGAUGUUGUGUUUUAAAGGGGCUAACAGAUGGAAGCUGUGUGAUUCUAAUGUCUCAGUCUUACAGCGUACUUUAAAAAGGUCCAUACAGAAACAAUGAACAAAGUUUUUGUGCUGUUUAUAAAUAAUUACUCGACCAAGUGAAAGAACAUUGCUGGUGAUGAGAUCAGAAGUUGUUGGUAAUGUGUAUUUCAUGAAAGGUUCCACAGCACUGACAGAGCAUCCAAUUUUCUUUUAAUAAUUUUUACACAAAUUAUAAUAUGGUAAGCAAAUCCACGCCAACUCAUUAUUCAGUAGUACUAAUUUCAAUAGACAGGGAAAUAUCACUGCUGAAAGUAAAUUUCUUUUGCUUUGUGAUUAUGGUAGGGGACUUUGGAAGUCAGGCUUUCAGGAAUCUAGGUUCUUUCAGGAUAGGACAGACCAAAAUACAACCCUGUUACGGAAGACCUUCAUUUCCGGAAUGGUUUAACAUUGCAAAAUAAGCAACCUGUGUUGUGCACGCCACCCAAAACACAGUGUAGAGAAGACAGGAAAGGCUGAUAGGGACUAUGAGAAUAGUACUUGUUUGUCCUAUUUCUGACACCUUUGUUUUCAGGAAAUUGAAUAUUUUUACAGAACAAAAUUGUUAGUGCAGGUUAGUCAGCACUAUUUCUUUUCUUCUCCCAAACUAUUUCUAUUGUAUUUGAAAUCACAUGUACCUGUUUCUCUCAUCAGAAAUCCAUAGUACACAGUAGGGAGCAGUUAGGCUUUCUGCACCCAUUGUGUUUACUGAAGGUGGCCUACUUUGUUGGGGGUUUUUGUAUAGUGACAGUCAUAAUGCAUCUGAAUUUUUGUACGUAAAUGUUGUUGGGGUUUCAAUUUCUAGGUAGGCAUUUUGCUUGCUCACUCAGCAUACAGUCUCUUUUGGCUGCAGUUUUGGCCUUGGACUUGAAGAUGUGUGUAUGUUGUCUAUUCCCAUUGUGUUAAUUUUAGAUUUGAAAGAAACAUAGCACUAAUUCAUAUACCAACUUUGUGACUAUGUUGAGAUCAAGUUAUCAAGCCAGUAACAAGUAACAAUUUCCCUUGCAUUCUUCUGAAUCUUGUGGCCUAUUCACAGUCUAUCCUGGCCUUGUAGUUUAAUUUAAUAUAAGCUUAACACCAAUCAAUAGAUACUGCACUGUGAAACCCAAAUAGGCUGCAGGUUUCUGUUCAGUACUGGAACCCAGAUACUGUACAAAUGAUUUAGCAUUGUGUACAUAAUGGGCACUGAAAGCUGCUUAUCUCUAGCCUUGUUAUUUAUUCUAAAGGAAACCACAGCUUUAAAAGUGACUUAUGGUUAGGUCUGUAUGGAACCAGGCAUGGUAGCUUGUAACCCAAAUACAGGAAUGCUUUGGUUGGUGAGGGUGUUAAUGAAAAUACAUGUGAAGUUUUUCUGAAAGCCAGUCACAUACCAAACUUGUGCUCUUACUUGCUUCAUCAAGUGUUCCUUUUUAAAAUCAAAAAGCAUGUUUUUAAUUUCAUUUUAUUGUAGCAACUUGUUGUAAGAAUAUAGUGUGUGUACAUUUAUUAUUGUACUUGAAUUUUAAUCAUGGUUUUAACAAUGUAAUUGAACAGAUGAUUUUGUUAGGUUUCCAUUGAAAUCAUCAUUCCUUUUGGGAUGGCAAAGAGUUCGCAUGGUUAGUCCUUAGUUUUACGUACACUUGAUUUUAUUGUUUCUCAAAUUUGGGAUUAGUCUCCACUUAAAUAGUUCAGUAUCUCUAUUUCUGAAGCAAUUAACGGUUUACAAGAAGGGCUUAUGUUUAGAUUUGCACAAAUAACAAUGGAGCACCUUUUAACUUUUAGUGGAGAAAAUUGACUCUAAAGUGAAUGGAACAUCUAAAGGAAUAAUUAUACAAAGGUGAGAGUCUUGUGCCUUUGUAAUCUUCAGAUAUUCCUACUUUAUAUCAACAUGAUAAGUAGGACCAUUGGAUUCCUUUGGUAGAUUUCUUACGGAGCUGCAGCUGUAGCCUAACAUUUUGCGUGUAAUCUUCCUGGUUUUUAGGAUGUGCAAUCAUUUGAAAAAUUUACAUUAAACAUUGUGUUUUAAGUAUUCAGAUACUGUCAUGAAAAACUUCAUAUUUGAUUAUUUAAAUUAAAUUCGUAAGGUGCUCCCUCAAGCAAUUGAGUGGCAAUCCAGUUUUCCAGCUCCCUUGCUCCUUGUGUCAGAGACUUUUUUUUUUUUUUGGCAUUAGUUGUCUCCCCAAAAAUGGAUCAUGAUUUCACAGAUACACAUGCAAGUAUAGUUCUAGCUAUCUUCUGAAGAGGGUGAAAUUUGGGACUGAAACACAGUUGCCAGCAAAAGCAAAGAACAUGUAGCAAUUAAUAUGACCAGAGUUAUUUUAAAAAUAAUGUAAACACCAUUUGGGGUUUUGUUUUUUGCUCUGUCCACAAAGAACAGCAGUAACGUCCCUUUCAAAAUACUGCUUGUUAAAACUGUAGUUUCAGGAGAAAAAUAGCAUUUUCACAAUGCACUUCUCUUCUGCUUGAAAAAUAUUAUAUUUUUUCCUAAUUGUUAAAGAAAAUGGCAAAAAGUAGCAGAAAUGUUUGGUUCACUGUGGCAAAUUGUGCUAGUCUGCUUUGAAACAGUUUGAUCAGUGAGUUAAAUUCCAUUUUUAGAACACUAGGAAUCCCUUGGGUAUUUCUACAUUGUCAAAGUGGGGCAGGAUUAUGGAUAAAUCGAACCUUUUACUUGCCUAAGAUGAGACUACUUGCUGUUUUGCUCAGUUCUCCUUGAUUUGGGUUUUAAUAAAAGCUAAAUAAUUUUGAGUGGAGGAAUAAUUGUAUGAGGCUAGCCACAUGUGGAAAACAUCACACAUUCACUUUCUCCUGUCUGCUUAGGGUACCAAAACAAUUUAGGGGAGUGGGAAAUAUCCUUAGUUGCUGUUCUGAGCUACUAUUGUCAACUGCUGUUGUACAUAUACUGUUAUGUGUAAGGGGGUAAAUAUAUUUAUUAUGUUUGUAAAAUUCAAUCUGUACAAUUGAAGAUCAAGGAUACUUUUCCUGGGAUGUACACGAUGUGUUUCAAAGGCCAUUCUUGGAAUACAAUUAGAAAACUUAGUAUUUUGAUGUACUAAGACCUAUUUUAAGUUUAAUAUUUUGCCUUUGCAAAAAAUUUAAUUAAAGAUGUUAUUUAAAAUAA